AUGAACCCCCACUCCCUAUACUUACCCAUUUCACCCCCUCCCUCCAUGACAUUCCCCCCCUUACCCCCCUUGAGGUCGAACCUCUACUCUCCCACGAGCUCACCCCACACCCACACCCCCUCCUCGCUCUCUCCUCUCCCAGCAGACAGCGCCCCUCCCCUGGCCUAUCACACACUCCUCUCAAGCAGGUCGCUCUCCACCCCCCUGGUCUCUUCUCUCCCCGUGGCUGGACCUCCGCCCACCCCCACCCCUUUCCUGCGCCUUCCUCCACUCCCUGCACCUCCCUUCCCCCACUGCCAACUCUUCCCGACGGAUUACCCCUUCUCAGACCUUACCCUCAUCCCCCCCUCCCGCCCCACACCCCCAACCCGCUCUGCCCCCUCUAUACCUGGACCCUCUUCCAUCCCCAUGCCCUCCCUGGCCCGCCCUCCUCCCCUUGAAUGUCCCUCCCUUGCAGGCAACAUUUUGGGGAACCACACCACGCCGACUGCCUUCCACAACGACCCCAGUCUCAUCUACAUUGGGCUGGACGACAUGGUCAAAUAUUGGACUUGCGCGCUUUGCGAUUUCACCUGCGGCGCUGCCCUCGACAACGCCAUGGAUCAUAUUCAGUCCGACCUGCACGCCACCCGCGUGAAGGCCUCUGUCCGCCGCCCGGCUGCCAGGGAAGCCAUUGGCCCUUGGCGCGCUCUCACCCUGCUGAAGAAGGCUCCGGUGGCUGCCUUCCUUCACGGACGUGCUUAG